AUGCGGCCGCUCCUGCUCCUGGUGGCCUUUCUCCUGUUCCCCAGGGCUCGGGCAGGGCAGAUCAUCGGAGGCCAAGAGGCCAGGCCCCAUUCCCACCCCUACAUGGCAUAUAUUCAGACCCUGACACCAGCAGGUUUGACCAUCUGUAGGGGGUUCCUGGUGCGUGAAGACUUUGUGAUGACAGGAACUCAUUGCUUGGGAAGCCAAAUAAAUGUCAUCUUGGGGAUCGACAGUGUCACCGCUUCUGAAUGGACGCAGCAGCGCAUCCCUGUUCUCAGACCCAUCCCCCACCCCAGAUACAAUCAGCGGAACAACCGGAAUGACAUCAUGUUACUGCAGGUAAAGACCCUCUGCUGGCGUCGAGUCAGACAGAAUGAAGCCAUGAAGCUGGUAGCUCUGCCUCAGACAGAGGAAAUGCUGGACCCUGGGACCCAGUGCACUGUGGCCGGCUGGGGCCUCACCGGGCUGAACAGGAGAGCAGUCACACUCCAGGAGGUGCAGCUGACAAUUCAGAGGGAUGGAGAGUGUCACAGUCUCUUUGAUUUCUACACUGGCCAAAAGCAGAUCUGUGUGGGGGACCCAAGAGAGGGGAAGUCCACCUUCCUGGGGGACUCCGGGGGCCCCCUCGUGUGUAACAAUGUGGCCCAGGGCGUUGUCUCCUAUGGAGACAGGAUGGGGACCCCUCCAGCAGUCUUCACCAGAAUUUCCAGCUUCCUGCCCUGGAUAAGGAGAACAAUGAGACGCUUCAAAGAGUGGAGACCAGAGUGACAUCCCACGAGACUGACUCUCCUUCUCUGGGGCAGAGCCCAGCUCCAGAGCAGAUCCCAGAG